AUGCGCAUGCCCACCGAGCCUUCUGAUCUGGUGCACUUUGAGAGCACCCUGGAGCACAGGGCAUGGGUGUACGGCACCAUGGGACUGCUCAUGGGGUCUGUUGGCAUUGCUGGCACCCACACGGACAGCCCUGGCGAAGUGUUGGCGCUCCUGGCCAGUUGUGUGGCCUCCUACUAUGCGGCAGAUUUCGUCUCGGGUGUGGUGCACUGGGGCCUGGACAACUAUGGCGACGGCGACACGCCCUUCUUCGGCAGCCAGAUCGCGGCGUUCCAAGGGCACCACAGCGAGCCCUGGACCAUCACGCAGCGAGCCUUUGCCAACAAUGUGCACAAGGUGUUCAAGCCGGCGACCGCACCAGCCCUGGUCUUGCUUGCCGCCGCCCCCUUCACCCCAUCCUGGCUCACCACCUUUGGCGCCAGCCUGCUGCUCCUGCUGUGCCUGAGCCAGCAGACGCACGCCUGGGCGCACAAAAAGCCCAGCCAGCUGCCGGCGGCCGUCCUGGCCCUGCAGGACGCGGGCGUCAUCGUGUCCUGCAAGGUCCAUGGCGCCCACCACAGGCCGCCCUUUGAGGGGAACUACUGCAUCGUCAGUGGCGUGUGGAACCCGAUCCUGGAUGGCAACGGCUCGGACCAGGGCUUUUUCCGGAGGCUGGAGCGGAUCGUGCAGGCUGCGACGGGGGUCAAGCCCAGGUGCUGGACAGACCCCGAGGGCUUUGCAGGAGCGCCUGAGGGCGACCAGGACACGUGA